AUGACAAAUUGUUCCAUAUACUCCUCUCAAUCAUUUAUUAAUUUAAAACAACAUAAUUCAUUUCGUAUCGAUGAUAUACUCAAGACAUGUAAUGGUGGUAAUAACCAUGAUUCGUCCGUUUAUACGCAUCAUUAUUCGACUCCACCACCAAUUGAUUUACCAAUGUGGUCAUCUCUUGCAGUACACAUGUUAUCAAAAGUAGCUCAACAACAGCAACAACAACAACAACAACUAAAACAACAAGAUACAUCUUGUGAAUCCUCAACGAAUAUUCCUGAUUCAAUACAUCAUCAUCAUCAACAAAUUUUAAAAAAACAUCGUUCUCAAUCUCCAUAUGCUGGCACAAAUAAAACAAAUAUACUCAAAGAAAAAGCACACCAUGAAUGGAAAGAUUCAUUGAACAGUCCACGUAAUCUUUCAUUUUGGCCCUAUUUAUAUCGUUGUAAUUCAAGACGAAAAGGUGGACAAAUACGUUUUUCAGCCGAACAAACGAUACAAUUAGAAAAAAAAUUUGAAAACAGUCAAUAUCUAUCACCAGUUGAACGAAAACAAAUUGCAAAAAGUUUACAAUUAAGUGAAAGACAAGUAAAAACAUGGUUUCAAAAUAGACGAGCUAAACAUCGACGAUUAAAAAAAGAUACAGACAAAUCAUCAUCAUCUCAUGAUCGAACAAGUGAUUCUCCUCAACAUAGUGAUAUAGAUGAUGAAGAUAUUGAUAUUGAAGAAACAGAACAUGCCACAUCGAGUUCAUCAAGUUAA